UCAAAAAAGCGAGUCAACCGUCCAUGGUUGGCGAGGUCUAAAAAGGCCAUCAAGAAAUUAAACAUUUUGUCAUCUCAUAGACUCCUUUUCUUGCUUCCUUCAAUUGAAUCUUCCCUUCUCUCAUUUCCAGUACCAAAACCAACCCACCAAAAUCUUCCAUUUCCUCUGUAACUAUUGCCUAUUAAGUUAGCUCUAAGUGAUCUUUUUCUUUUUGUUUUUGUAUCCCAUUUUUAAACGGGAAAGAGGAAUUUUUUUUUUUUUAAUACAAAGAUCUGAGCUUUCUCUUUGUUUGAUUUGAGUUUGGCUUUUGUAAUUGCAAUAUUGAAGUUCUGAAGCGUUUGUUUUGAUGGGACUCUGCUUUAGCAAUCGAAUCAAGGCUUAUACUCCUUCUAAUACUGGGCUGAAUUCAAAAAAUUCCAGCAGAGAUGGAAAGAAUUUGAGUAGCAAGGUCUCAUCAGCUUCUGUACCCCAAACUCCUCGAAGUGAGGGUGAGAUCUUGCAGGCAGCAAAUUUAAAGAACUUUAGCUUCAAUGAGCUGAAGAAUGCCACUAGAAACUUCCGACCAGAUAGUGUACUAGGAGAAGGUGGCUUUGGAUCAGUUUUCAAAGGGUGGAUUGAUGAGCAUUCACUUACUGCUACAAGGCCUGGUUCUGGCAUGGUGAUUGCUGUGAAGAGGCUUAAACAAGAAGGGUUCCAGGGUCACAGGGAAUGGCUGGCAGAGAUCAACUAUCUUGGGCAAUUGCAACAUCUUAAUCUUGUUAAGUUGGUUGGUUACUGCUUUGAGGAUGACCAUCGACUUUUGGUUUAUGAAUUCAUGCCCCGUGGCAGUAUGGAGAAUCAUCUAUUUAGGAGAGGGUCUCAUUUCCAGCCACUUUCUUGGAACAUUCGCAUGAAAGUGGCUCUUGGUGCUGCAAGAGGGCUUGCAUUUCUUCAUAGAGCUGAAGUCAUAUAUCGGGAUUUUAAGACUUCUAAUAUACUACUUGAUUCAAACUACAAUGCAAAGCUUUCUGAUUUUGGUUUAGCCAGGGAUGGACCAACUGGGGAUAAGAGUCAUGUCUCUACUAGAGUCAUGGGAACUUAUGGAUAUGCUGCACCAGAGUAUGUGGCCACAGGCCAUUUGACUGCAAAGAGCGAUGUAUACAGUUUUGGAGUUGUACUUCUAGAAAUGUUAUCUGGCCUGCGAGCUGUAGACAAGAAUAGGCCUUCUGGGCAACAUAACCUGGUGGAGUGGGCAAAACCUUACCUGACAAACAAACGCAGAAUUUUCCGUGUACUGGAUACACGUCUUAAUGGUCAGUACUCCCUCAGUCGGGCACAAAAGUUGGCUAACCUUGCACUUCAAUGCGUAGAUGAACCAAAGCUCAGACCAAAUAUGGAUGAGGUGGUAAAAGCAUUGGAGCAGCUUCAAGAAUCAAAUAAAAAAGAGAACAAUCCAAUUAGUCACAAGGAGAACAAUGGUGGACGCAUUGCAUAUCCACGGCCUUCUGCAUCCCCGCUUCAUGCAUAGGCAUGAGUUAGUAUUUUAUUUAUUUUUAUUAUUUUUUUUAAUGUUAAUACAAUGGAGUCCUUGGAUGUGAAACAGUUUCUGGAUUUCAGGCAUAUGCUAGAGGCAUGUGUUUAUUCGAGCUGUGUACAGUUUCUUGUUUGUGCUAUGUGUGUAGCGUUUGUCCUCAUUUUUGGAUGUUUCCUGUCCUCCAUCAGAAUGAUGGAGCACAGAUUUAUCUGGAUUACUGUAAUAUUUUGUAACAGCUACUGAAAAGCCAAGUUUUCAUGUGAGUAUAAUUAAGCUUAUUUUGAUCA